CCAGCCGGGUUACUGUGGCACCGGGGUUCGGUUACAGCGUCACACCGGCUGGACGGAGGAGGGUUCACUCCAGUCCUGCUGCUCCCUGAGGCUGGAUGGAAGCUGGGCUGAGCGGCCCGACUGGUCCUGAUGCUGUUACCAUAGCAACAUGACCCUCAACACCCAGAGAGAGAAGGAGCCCCUGCGGAGGCGAGGCAGCACCCCGAUCCCGCCCCUGUACCAGCACCCGUCCUGGCCCCGGGACCCCCGGCCCCUCGGCGGCGCCCAGCCCGACCUGGAGCAGCCCCGGCCCCAGCGGAGCCACCCUCCCCUGGGCCAGUCGGCCUCCUACCACCCCGGGGACACGUCCCUCCACUACCGCGCCCAGUGGAGCUCGGACUCGGACGAUGACUCGCAGAGCGACUCGGACUGCGUGUACCGGGUGGUGCUGCUCGGCGACCACGGCGUCGGGAAGACCAGCCUGGCGGGGAUCUUCGCCGGGAUCACAGAGAAAGACGAGCAGCCCGGAGAGGACACGUAUGAGCGAACGCUGACGGUAGACGGAGAGGAGACCACGCUGAUCGUCAUGGAUACCUGGGAGAAUGACAAACUGGAGGGGGAGGCGGCCUCCUCCCACAGCGACUGCCUGAAGGUGGGUAACGCCUACGUCAUCGUCUACUCCGUCACCGACCGAUCCAGCUUCGAGUCCGCCGCGGAGCUCCGCAUCACGCUGCGACGCGCCCGCCAGGCCGAAAACCUUCCCAUCAUACUCGUAGGGAACAAGAGCGACUUGGUGCGGUCCAGAGAGGUCGCUGUAGAAGAGGGCCGAGCGUGUGCGGUGGUGUUCGACUGUAAGUUCAUCGAGACGUCGGCGUCUCUGCAGCACAACGUGGCCGAGCUGUUCGAGGGCGUGGUGCGACAGAUCCGCCUCCGUCGGGACGGCAGCGAGGCCGUCCAGCGCAAACACUCCAUCUACAAACGCAAAGAGAGCAUUACCCAGAAGGCCCGGCGCUUCCUGGACCGGCUGGUGGCGCGCAACAACCAGCGCAUGGCGGUCAAGGUGCGAUCCAAGAGCUGCCACGACUUGGCCGUCCUCUGAAGGUCGUCCAGGAGGUUUUCUGACUCGUUGAAGGUCGAUGUAUCGUGGACGGAGGUGUUGAUCUCUGAGACACAAACGAUCAUCAGCGACCUGAGACAGUCAAACACCAGCUGAGAUCAGUGCGAGCAGCUCGCUUGAACAUUUGGAGUCAAACUUUUUGUGACUUUUUCUCCAAAUGACCGAAAUAUAAAAGACUGUAGAGGAUCAUCAGUGUUGGUUAAAGGUUGGAUGAACGUUCAGUGUGUGUGUGUGUGUGUGUGUGUGUGUGUGUGUGUGUGUGUGACGGCGUCCUGCUGGUUUCUACUGUGUCCACUGUGCUUUUUCUUGAGGUUUCUACUGUUUUCAGUUCAACACUGUGCUAAAUAAAGUCUUAAAUUAACUUCA